AGGAAUACAACUGGCAGUGCUUUAACAGAAUCCAGGGAGUUGAUUCUCCCUGCUUUGCAACGUCUUUGCCCAAUAAGGCAGCUAUGGGGACCGCAGAAAAGGACAGAAAACUCUGAAAAAAGACAUCAGCUUGAGCACCCAAAGAAUGGAACACCAAGCUGCUUUGUCUGAGGGAACUCAAGUGGCACUGAAUUUGUCUACCUGCCUGGGCAACGGAUGUGUGACUGCUGCAGAACAUCAUUUUCAGCACCAUGGACAGUUCUCAGCACCUGUCACUGUCUUGUUGGCAAUACUCAUGGGAUUCCUAGCGUUGGUCACCGUCUUGGGCAACGCAUUGGUCAUCUUGGCGUUUGUGGUGGACAAAAGCCUACGGACCCAAGGGAACUUCUUCUUCCUGAACUUGGCCCUGGCAGAUUUUUUAGUGGGUGGAUUUUGUAUUCCCCUUUACAUCCCAUAUAUCCUGACCGAUGAAUGGAAAUUUGGGAAAGGCCUGUGUAAGCUCUGGUUGGUGGUCGAUUACUUAGUCUGCACAGCUUCUGGCUUCAACAUUGUCUUGAUCAGUUUUGACCGAUUCAUCUCCGUAACGAGGGCGGUGAGCUACAGAGUUCAGAAAGGGAUGACCAAAAGCACGGUGGUGAAGAUGGUUACGGUGUGGAUUGCAGCAUUUCUCCUUUAUGGUCCAGCCAUUAUCAGCUGGGAGUACAUAGCCCAGCAGACCAUCAUCCCUAAGAACAAGUGUUAUGCCGAAUUCCACUACAACUGGUACUUCCUCAUGAUUGCCUCCACCAUUGAGUUCUUCACACCAUUCAUCAGUGUCACCUACUUCAACUUAAGUAUCUAUUUCAACAUUCGCAAGCGGACGCCGGUCGGAAGCGAGAGCUCCUCAGCAGCCCCAAAGGACUGUGGACUUCUUUGCUGCAGGAAGAAACGAGACCACGUCGUAGUUUUCACAAAAAGAGAGGACGAGAGGAACGAAAAGGUGAGAAGCUUCACCCCUAGCAAGACUGCGAUGGGGAGUCUCGGCAUCCAUCACCUCCAGACUCACUCAGUAGAGUUUAACAUCAGUCAAGAUUUUCCACCUUGGAAGGUAGACAUUCAAACCGAAUCACCAUGGGGCGGUGUCUACAAAGCUCUAGAGAACAUAUCCGGCCCCACGGGGAAAGCAGAGGUGGCCAAUACUGCCGCUAGCCGGUUUCGGCUUUCCCGCGAUAAGAAAAUAGCCAAAUCUUUAGCCAUUGUUGUCUGCAUCUUUGCUGUAUGUUGGGCACCCUACACCCUUCUAAUGAUCAUCAGAGCGGGUUGUCACGGGAGAUGCAUCCACCAUGAUCUCUAUGAAGUAUCAUUUUGGCUACUGUGGUUGAAUUCAGCUAUUAAUCCCGUAUUAUAUCCUUUGUGCCACAUCAGUUUCAGAAAAGCCUUUUUGAAAUUGCUCUGUCCGGCCAAGGCAAAAAUCCACCCUAAUAUUUUUACGUGAGAGGGAACACUGAAGAGACGCUUCUGCUUAGGUACCUUUGACAUAGAACCACUGAGCGUGAACGUAUCCUCCGAGUAGGAAAGGCAAAUUCAAAUGUUCGAUCCCGAGAGAUCGACUUCUACAUCUUUUGAGCAAAAAUGAAAAGAAUGGAGAAAGCUCAACCUUGGGUUUCAGAAAACGCAAGAAAUUUACACUGCUUUGCAGUGCUUAUGUAUGCAAAUGAGGACUAAUUUAUUCUCCGGUACCUAAGCUCAGCACGCUUUGUAAAUUCCCAACCGAGUCCUCAUUCGUAAGAAAUAAUGUAAUUCUGAUAUAAAGCAAUUUAACCA